CGGCGCCCGCUGACCCGCCCGCCGCCCGCAGCGCUGAGAGGAAACUUGGAUAUAACUUCAAAAGAAGGUUUGAUUCUUUAUCUCCGGACUGCGUCAACAUAACAAGCCCCUCAGGAUGUCGGGAGCCUCAGUGAAGGUGGCUGUCCGCGUGCGGCCCUUCAAUUCUCGGGAGACCAGCAAAGAGUCCAAAUGCAUCAUCCAGAUGCAAGGCAACUCAACCAGUAUUAUUAACCCAAAGAACCCAAAGGAAGCGCCAAAGUCCUUCAGCUUCGACUAUUCCUACUGGUCUCACACCUCGCCUGAAGAUCCCUGUUUUGCAUCUCAAAACCGUGUGUACAAUGACAUCGGGAAGGAAAUGCUCUUACACGCCUUCGAGGGGUACAAUGUCUGCAUCUUUGCCUAUGGGCAGACUGGCGCUGGCAAGUCUUACACAAUGAUGGGUAAACAAGAAGAGAGCCAGGCUGGUAUCAUCCCACAGUUAUGUGAAGAACUGUUUGAGAAAAUCAAUGACAACUGUAAUGAAGAAAUGUCGUACUCUGUGGAGGUGAGCUACAUGGAAAUUUACUGUGAAAGAGUUCGAGAUUUGCUGAAUCCAAAAAAGGGUAAUUUGCGUGUGCGGGAGCACCCUCUUCUUGGCCCGUACGUGGAGGACCUCUCGAAGUUGGCGGUCACUUCCUACACGGACAUCGCCGACCUCAUGGAUGCUGGCAACAAGGCCAGGACGGUGGCAGCUACCAACAUGAACGAGACCAGCAGCCGUUCCCAUGCUGUGUUCACCAUUGUUUUCACCCAGAAGAAGCAGGAUACAGAGACCAACCUUUCCACCGAGAAGGUCAGUAAAAUCAGCUUGGUGGAUCUAGCAGGAAGCGAACGAGCUGACUCAACUGGUGCCAAAGGGACUCGAUUAAAGGAAGGAGCGAACAUUAAUAAGUCUCUCACAACUUUGGGCAAAGUCAUUUCCGCCUUGGCAGAGGUGAGUAAGAAGAAGAAGAAGACGGAUUUUAUUCCCUACAGGGAUUCUGUACUUACUUGGCUCCUUCGAGAAAAUCUAGGAGGCAAUUCUCGGACUGCGAUGGUGGCGGCACUGAGCCCCGCAGACAUCAACUACGACGAGACCCUGAGCACUCUGAGAUACGCAGAUCGUGCAAAACAAAUCAAAUGCAAUGCUGUUAUCAACGAGGACCCCAACGCCAAGCUGGUUCGUGAAUUAAAGGAGGAGGUGACACGCCUGAAGGACCUUCUCCGUGCUCAGGGCCUGGGCGACAUUAUUGACACAUCCAUGGGGUCCCUCAGUUCAUCUCCAUCUUCCUGCUCACUCAAUAGUCAGGUGGGCUUAACAUCAGUGAGCAGUAUUCAGGAAAGGAUCAUGUCAACACCUGGAGGAGAAGAAGCCAUCGAACGUCUAAAGGAAUCGGAGAAGAUCAUCGCUGAGUUGAAUGAAACUUGGGAAGAGAAGCUGCGUAAAACAGAAGCCAUCAGAAUGGAGAGGGAGGCCUUGCUGGCUGAAAUGGGAGUUGCCAUUCGGGAAGAUGGAGGAACCCUGGGUGUUUUCUCACCUAAAAAGACCCCACAUCUUGUUAACCUCAAUGAGGACCCGUUGAUGUCCGAGUGUCUGCUCUACUAUAUCAAAGAUGGAAUUACAAGGGUUGGCCAGGCAGAUGCCGAGCGGCGCCAGGACAUCGUGCUGAGCGGGGCGCACAUUAAAGAGGAGCAUUGUAUCUUCCGGAGCGAGCGGAGCAGCAGCGGCGAUGUGAUCGUGACCCUUGAGCCUUGUGAGCGCUCAGAAACCUACGUGAAUGGCAAGAGGGUGGCCCAGCCCGUUCAGCUGCGCUCAGGAAACCGGAUCAUCAUGGGCAAAAACCACGUGUUCCGGUUUAACCACCCUGAACAAGCGCGGGCUGAGCGGGAGAAGACGCCUUCCGCUGAGACCCCCUCUGAGCCUGUGGACUGGACGUUUGCCCAGAGAGAGCUUCUGGAAAAACAAGGCAUUGACAUGAAACAGGAGAUGGAGAAAAGGCUACAGGAAAUGGAGAUUCUGUACAAAAAGGAGAAGGAAGAAGCGGAUCUUCUCUUGGAGCAGCAGAGACUGGACUAUGAGAGCAAACUGCAGGCCUUGCAGAAGCAGGUGGAGACCCGGUCCCUGGCCGCAGAAACGACCGAAGAGGAAGAGGAGGAGGAGGAAGUUCCUUGGACACAGCAUGAAUUCGAGCUGGCCCAGUGGGCCUUCCGGAAAUGGAAGUCCCACCAGUUCACUUCAUUACGGGACUUGCUCUGGGGCAAUGCUGUGUACCUGAAGGAGGCCAACGCCAUCAGCGUGGAACUCAAGAAGAAGGUGCAGUUUCAGUUUGUGCUGCUGACUGACACCUUGUACUCCCCUUUGCCUCCUGAACUACUUCCCUCCGAGAUGGGGAAAACUCACGAAGACAGGCCCUUCCCCCGUACGGUGGUGGCAGUAGAAGUCCAGGAUCUGAAGAAUGGAGCAACCCAUUACUGGUCUUUGGAGAAACUCAAGCAGAGGCUGGACCUGAUGCGGGAGAUGUACGACAGGGCUGGGGAGGUGGCCUCCAGCACCCAGGACGACAGCGACUCUGCGGUGACAGGCAGCGACCCAUUUUAUGAUCGGUUCCAUUGGUUCAAACUCGUGGGCAGCUCCCCCAUUUUCCACGGCUGUGUGAAUGAGCGCCUGGCCGACCGUACACCCUCCCCCACUUUUUCCACGGCCGAUUCCGACAUCACGGAGCUGGCCGACGAGCAGCAAGAUGAGAUGGAGGAUUUUGAUGAUGAGGCGUUCGUGGAUGACACCGGCUCAGACGCGGGCACGGAGGAGGGAUCGGACCUCUUCAGUGACGGGCAUGACCCGUUUUACGACCGAUCCCCUUGGUUCAUUUUAGUGGGAAGGGCCUUUGUCUACUUGAGCAACCUGCUGUACCCUGUGCCCCUGAUUCACAGGGUGGCCAUCGUCAGCGAGAAAGGCGAAGUACGGGGCUCGCUUCGUGUGGCUGUGCAGGCCAUUGCAGCGGAUGAAGAAGCUCCUGAUUAUGGCUCUGGAAUUCGACAGUCAGGAACAGCUAAAAUAUCUUUCAAUAACGAAUACUUUAAUCAGAGUGACUUUUCUUCGGUGGCAAUGACUCGUUCUGGUCUGUCCCUGGAGGAGCUGAGGAUCGUGGAAGGACAGGGCCAGAGCUCGGAGAUCAUCACUCCUCCAGAAGAAGUGAACCGAAUGAGUGAUCUGGAUUUGAAGUCAGGCACUUUGCUGGAUGGUAAGAUGGUGAUGGAAGGGUUUUCGGAAGAGGUCGGCAACCACUUGAAACUGGGCAGCGCCUUCACUUUCCGGGUGACUGUGCUGCAGGCCAGUGGGAUCCUCCCCGAGUAUGCGGACAUCUUCUGUCAGUUCAACUUUUUGCAUCGCCACGAUGAAGCUUUCUCCACGGAACCCCUCAAAAACAACGGCAGAGGAAGUCCUCUGGGCUUUUAUCACGUGCAGAAUAUCGCCGUGGAGGUCACAGAAUCGUUUGUGGAGUACAUUAAAACCAAGCCUAUCGUUUUUGAAGUCUUUGGACAUUAUCAGCAGCACCCACUUCACCUACAAGGACAGGAGCUUAACAGCCCCCCUCAGCCUUGCCGGCGCUUCUUCCCUCCGCCCAUGCCGCUCUCCAAGCCAGUUCCAGCCACCAAGUUAAACACCAUGAGCAAAACCAGCCUUGGCCAGAGCAUGAGCAAGUACGACCUCCUGGUGUGGUUUGAGAUCAGCGAGCUGGAGCCCACUGGAGAGUACAUUCCAGCGGUGGUUGACCACACAGCGGGCUUGCCCUGCCAGGGGACAUUUUUGCUUCACCAGGGCAUCCAGCGCAGGAUCACAGUGACCAUCAUCCACGAGAAGGGAAGCGAGCUGCACUGGAAGGAUGUCCGGGAGCUGGUGGUAGGCCGAAUAAGGAGCAAGGCUGAGGUGGAGGAAGCUGCGGUUGAUGCCAUCCUCUCCCUGAACAUCAUCUCCGCCAAGUACCUGAAGUCCUCCCACAACUCCAGCAGGACCUUCUACCGAUUCGAGGCGGUGUGGGACAGCUCCCUCCACAACUCCCUGCUCCUGAACCGCGUGACACCCUACGGGGAGAAGAUCUACAUGACCUUGUCGGCCUACCUAGAGCUGGACCACUGCAUCCAGCCGGCCGUGAUCACCAAGGACGUGUGCAUGGUCUUCUACUCCCGCGACGCCAAGAUCUCGCCGCCUCGCUCUCUGCGCAGUCUCUUCGGCAGCGGCUACUCAAAGUCACCAGACUCCAAUCGAGUCACUGGAAUUUACGAACUCAGUUUAUGCAAAAUGGCAGACACAGGUAGUCCAGGCAUGCAGAGGCGGAGAAGGAAAGUCUUGGACACGUCGGUGGCCUACGUGCGGGGCGAGGAGAACCUGGCGGGCUGGCGGCCCCGUGGAGACAGCCUCAUCCUAGAGCACCAGUGGGAGCUGGAGAAGCUGGAGCUCCUGCACGAGGUGGAGAGAACCCGCCACUUCCUGCUGCUGCGCGAGCGACUUGGAGACAGCAUCCCCAAAUCCCUGAGCGACUCGCUGUCCCCCAGCCUCAGCAGUGGGACCCUCAGCACCUCCACCAGCAUCUCCUCUCAGAUCUCCACCACCACCUUCGAGAGUGCCAUCACACCCAGCGAGAGCAGUGGCUACGACUCGGCGGACAUCGAAAGCCUGGUGGACCGAGAGAAGGAGCUGGCCACCAAGUGCCUGCAACUUCUCACUCACACUUUCAACCGAGAGCUCAACCAGGUGCACGGCAGCAUCAGUGACUGCAAGUUGUCUGAUAUCUCCCCGCUGGGAAGGGACCCCUCUGUGUCCAGUUUCAGCAGCGCCACCCUCACCCCCUCCUCCACCUGCCCCUCCCUGGUAGACUCUAGGAGCAACUCUCUGGAUCAGAAGACCCCAGAAGCCAGUUCGCGGGCCUCUAGCCCCUGCGCAGAAUAUGAACAGUUUCAGAUUGUCCCUGCUGUGGAAACGCCCUUUUUGGCCCGUGCAGGAAAAAAUGAAUUUCUCAAUCUUGUUCCAGAUAUUGAAGAAAUUAGACCAGGCUCUGUGGUCUCGAAGAAAGGCUACCUGCACUUCAAGGAGCCGCUUUCCAGCAACUGGGCUAAGCAUUUCGUGGUGGUCCGUCGCCCGUACGUCUUCAUCUACAACAGUGACAAAGACCCUGUGGAGCGGGGCAUCAUCAAUCUGUCCACGGCGCAGGUGGAAUACAGUGAGGACCAGCAAGCCAUGCUGAAGACACCUAACACCUUUGCUGUGUGCACCAAGCACCGUGGGGUCCUCCUGCAGGCUCUCAACGACAAAGACUUGAACGACUGGUUGUACGCCUUUAACCCCCUCCUCGCCGGCACAAUAAGGUCAAAGCUCUCCCGCAGAUGCCCGAGCCAGCCGAAGUACUAAGCCACUGCUGAGCGCCCUCACUCGCCUUCCGAGAGAUAAAGAAAGUGUUACCUCUCA